CUUUCCGCUGCCGAGGCGGCGGGAGCCGAGCCCGAGCGGACCGAGCCGCGGCCGCAGCGGGCGGCGGGCGCAGAGGCGGCGGCGGGCCGCGGCGGGCAGUCGUGCGGCGGCGGCGGCGAUGCGGCGUCCCCGCUGAGCCCGCCCGCUCCUGGCGCCAGGGGCCCGCCGCGCGAGGCGGCCCGGGCCAGGCGGCAGCAUGCGGAGCGGCGAGGAGCUGGACGGCUUCGAGGGCGAGGCCUCGAGCACCUCCAUGAUCUCGGGCGCCAGCAGCCCGUACCAGCCCACCACCGAGCCGGUGAGCCAGCGCCGCGGGCUGGCCGGCCUGCGCUGCGACCCCGACUACCUGCGCGGCACGCUCGGCCGCCUCAAGGUCGCCCAAGUGAUUUUGGCCCUAAUUGCAUUCAUCUGUAUCGAGACCAUCAUGGAGUGCUCCCCGUGUGAAGGCCUCUACUUUUUUGAGUUUGUAAGCUGUAGUGCAUUUGUGGUGACUGGAGUCUUGCUGAUUCUGUUCAGUCUCAACCUUCACAUGAGGAUCCCCCAGAUCAACUGGAAUCUGACAGAUUUGGUCAACACUGGACUCAGCACUUUCUUUUUCUUUAUUGCCUCAAUUGUACUGGCUGCUUUAAACCACAAAACCGGAGCAGAAAUUGCUGCUGUGAUAUUUGGCUUCUUGGCCACAGCAGCCUAUGCAGUGAGCACAUUCCUGGCUGUGCAGAAAUGGAGAGUCAGUAUCCGCCAGCAGAGCACCAAUGACUACAUUCGAGCCCGCACAGAGUCCAGAGACGUGGAUAAUCGCCCUGAGAUCCAGUGCCUGGACACGUGAGGAUUGCUGGAGUCCUUCCUCCCACCUUCAUGCUCAUCUUUCCAAUCAAAUUUUCUUUCCCUCAGCACGUCAGACUUUCAUGUGAUUUAGUUGAAUUUUGUCCUCUAAAGUUCACUUUGGGAAAGGGCAUCCAGAACGGUCCUUCAGGCAGGUCUGUGGUGGGCUGAAAAGACCCAUGUCCUCCUGUGUUGGGUGGCUGUGGGAGCCUCUGGCCUCACUGACUGCCUGUGUCCACUCUAGGGCUUAAGUGUCCCAGAGUGCAGGCUCCCAUCUGACUCUGAGCCAUCCUGUCAUGUAUUUGUGAUGCAUCAAGACUUUGGGUUAAGUGGGGCUGCUAAGGAGGGGAAGUACACGUCAAACAAUGAAAGUUAGGGUUCCAGUGGUCACCAGUGCUCUGGGUGGGUACUGAAGUCUGGCUACCAGGAUCCACCCUCCUUGUCUUACCUGCCCAAGGCAUCCAGGCAGCCAGCACAUCCUGAAGGCCACGUGGGACUCUUAGGGUCUUGGUGAUAGAUAUGCUGGUAGAUCUUUUUACCAGGCCUGGUCAUAACAGGGACAGGCAAAGCUGGUGUCUUGUGGGGGGUCAACUAUACAGGAUUGCCUGAUUCACAGGAGGGUCACCUUUUGUUUCUUAUACCCUGCUGAGAAAUCACGUGAUCUUUCCUCAAAUGAAUCAUCUUCCUGAGUCCCAGAGUCUUUUCCAGGAAUAUGGAGACCACCUUGUUUUCCAGUUUCCUGCCUACCCUAAAUACUUUGAGAAUGAAUUGUGGGGUGUCUGUAAUUUUACCGACUCAGGUAAAAGCCGCAAAAGAAACAAUCCAUUUCACCAGCCAAAGCAUUUGCCUCUUUGCUGGCUUCACAGACCACAUGUGGGGGUGUGUUUUUGUGUUACAUAUCAGCACACACAAAACACUCACCUCUGUUUUAGGGGUGUGUGCUCAUUUUCUAAAUGAGUUCUAAAGUGAUUCCGAAAAGAUUUGUCUAGCAUUUGAAAAUACUUGAAUUUGCACCAGGACACAUCCCCCCACUGAUGUUUCAGAAGGCACUGAUUGUUGCCCUGGGGGCCUGAGCGCCAUCACUAUCAAUAGCAGCUCUUGGGAGCUGUUGGGGGAAGUCCUAGUUACUUAAGGUUUUUGAUUGAUUCUUGAUAAAGUGAAGAUUUUUUGUGUGUGUGGUGAAUGAGAGGGUUAAAUAAGACCCUAUAAUGUUAUAGGUUUUUGUUGUUGUUAUUGUUAAAAACUAAUAUCUUUUAUGGAAAAAUUAUUUUAGUUUGUCAGGUUUUCACUCUUUAAACUGUUUUAAUGUUUACAGACAUCACUGUAGCUCUCAUAUUUUGUGUUUAGCCCUCACUGAGGAAAAGGCACCACUGGUAGGAGGAUUUUCUAGUAGUCUGGAGAACCCCCAAGAUCUCCUACCAAGGGCUGUUUAUAGCCUUGGCAAUGUCUUGUGAGAUAGACAAGAAGAGAGGGGUGGUGUGUUUGGGGUAAGAAGAGGAGAGGUCAUUGGAAGGCCCCCUGCCCAGUGCAUGCGUGGCAUUGUGUUCUUCAGAAAAGAGCAGUGUCCUGCUCCAUAUUGAGGAUGGGUGAGUUCUAGGAUGGGACUCCACCAGAAGUGGUGCCAUUCUAUGCCUGGUAGUGGUUAGGGUUUAGCUCCCUAAGCCCAACAUCCAGUAUACAGUCCAGUUCUGCUGCACUUCCUGUCUAGGCAGUGACCCAGGUCACAUGUUCAAGCACAAGUCUGCAUCAGGGGAUGACCCAGCUAGUCUGGUGGUUACUCCCCUCUUCUCCCACAGAGGUCAGCCUGGCCUGGUUGCAGCUGGGUGUCGUGAGCAGUGUGACUGAUAGAGCCCUCUUCCCAUGCCUGUUGUGAGUCAAUACAUAUCAUGCUUCACAAACUUUGAACCUGUUAUAUGUGAUGACAUGUGGGGAGCUGAUGACAUCUGGAUUUUAUCUGUUCAUUUUACAUAUUUGUUCUGCAUUUGAUAAGUGUGUCUGCAUAAUCAAAAUUGAGGUUAUCUUCCACUUAAAAAAGAGAAUUCCACUUAAAAUAGGGUCACAAAGACGUGUCUGCAUAAUCAAAAUUGAGGUUAUCUUCCACUUAGAGAAUUCCACUUAAAAUAGGGUCACAAAGACUGAGCCUUGCAUUGGAUCAGGCCUACUUGGAAGGACCACCCUGAACUUCAUCAGAAAUCUGCUGGGAGUCAAGUUACUUGGCCUUUUAUUAAAGCUAUUUUGAAGUGAGACUGAAAGAGAAUACCAUUCAGACAAGAUUAUUGUUCAAGUUUUCCAAGUCAUUUCAAUAAAACCAGUUUAUCACCUGGUGAAAGAAGACUGUUGAUUUGCCUCCUGAUAUAUACUGUCAGCUGAAAGUAGUAGUUCUGAAGCCAGUCAAGACUAGAAAUGCUGAGGAAUGAUAAAGUGCUGGUUCCUUAUACUCAGAGAGACUUUGAAGUUGAUUUGCAUCUUAGUGGCAGAAUAUUUGGAUUAUUUAUGUCCCUGUAACUAUUUAAUAUCCUUUGUUAUAGGCCUCCCCAUAUUAUUUCCUUGUGCUGUUUCAUUAGCUCCCACUAGAAUGGGAAGUGGCCUGUACACUUUCUAGUUAGUGUAGUGCACUGCCCUGUCUCUCACAUACAGAUAAUGUGGUGAGGGAGUUAGGAAGGGAAUACGGCUGUCUACCACAAAUGUAAAGAUACCUGCAUUUUUCUAUGUUGCCUGUUGUCAAACAGAAGAUAAUCUAGAUUUAGAGAUCUUAAAAUGAUCUCUUAGGAAAUUGAAGGAAACAGUUUUGCAUUUAGAAGUUCCAGUGUAGACCAGUGUCACUUAAGUGUGAUGUAUUUUAAGGCUAAGGCAACCUUUGUUUCUGGUAGGAUGAAUUGGCUUUCAUUGUUGGAGCACAACUUGAAGGGAGGUUUGUUCUUGGAGAUGUGGCAGCCCUCAGCAUUUGGUAGAACUUCUGGUGAUUUUGAUGGAUGCAAACGUGGACACCUUCAGAGAAAGUUUAUUUGGGCACUGAUUUGGUUAGCUGGGUGCUUAUCGCUACUGACUCCUUUAUCCUGUUUUCAUGCUCCUAAAGUUAUGGAAGGCAACCUCUUUUCCCGUUCAUACAGAGAGACUGCAGUCAUGAAAACCUAAAGAUACUUGUUGGCCCCAUUAUGUUUAAACACAUAAUCUUGUCAACAGAGUUUGAUUUAAAAUAAACAGCCGGCGCUGGAGUUGUGGCUCAGUGGUAGAACGCUUGCCUGGCAUAUGUGAGAACUUGGGUUCGAUACUCAGCUCCACAUAUAAAUAAAUAAAAUUUUAAAAAGAUCCAUUGACAACUAAAAAAAUAUUAAAAAAUAAAAUAAAGUCAUCCAAGGGAGAUUGUUUUUUAUCUACAAAAAAAAAGGGGGGGGGGGCAAGAAUGUAGUAGUAACCCCACUUCCAGCCCACAUCUUCCUUAUCAAUGGGCACUGAAGUGCUGCUUUGCUGCCCAGCCACAGGGAAGGGGUCCCAGGGCCAAGCCCUCAGAGCCUAGUGCCCUUGCAGCAGCCCAAAUGUGUCUGACCUCCACCUUGUGCUGGAUGCUUCUGGUGAGAGCUUUGUGAAAACAUUCCUGCUCUCUUCAAGUCUGCAGUUUUAUCUGCCUUCUGUAAGGCUUUCCUAGUGACUCAGAGCUGGGUUAAGCCACAGGCGUUCUCUGAGGAGUUGAAGCCCUAACUCUUAUCUGCACAUAUAUGUGAAUUCGUGCUUGCUGUGAAUGAGCCUUAGAUAACCCUGGUGUGUGUCCCAAGCUCACUUCUACUCCUAGUUUUGCAUGCACUAUUUGGAAGGAACCUCUCACCUAUGCAUGUACUUUCAAAGGUGGACCAGGGUCUCAUGUCUGUCUGGGCCAGAUUUCUUGAGGGUAGGUCCUAGGACCUGUCCUAACAGAAAAAUGGAGCAUGAAGCCUUGUGGCCCAGUUAGUAGACAGUAUGAAGUGGUUCCUGCUGUGCCAUCUGUGUCCAAAACAAAGCAAUCAUGAAGUCAUUGUGCCACUACUUCAUUGUCAUUUUCUCUAGACCUUGUCUGCAGAGCAGUAAUGACAUUGAACAAAUAGCAGAAUGGGUAACACACUUUGUAGGCUGAGAGCUGCUGGUGAUUUUCAUGAGCAGAAGAAAAGUUGCUUCUGGCUCCAGGAACCACUGUUACCUUCUGAGGUCUCCAGGUGCCUUUUCAGUUCCUUGUCAAAUUGCAGGAUCCAAGGCUUCUCUCUCCUUGGUAUGUCCAAUUUGAUCAGCACCCGCUCCUAGGACCAGGUAGGGAAGGGGCUUGAUGGGCAGGUGAGGUCCAUGCAGGGGCCAGUAAGAAAUGAGGAAGAGAAGGGAAAGGGGGCUGUUGAUGGCACCAGGCGUUUAGCUCAGGCUGCCUAAGGAACAUAUUCUUGGCUCACCACUUUCCUAUGUGAGAUCUUGGGUUUCAGAACCAGCCUGAAGAGCUGACCACUGGGGACUGGUAUUCCUCUGUGCUGUGGGUGGCCUCCUGGUAUUUAGUCUGGGUUUGAGCUGGCUCAGGUGCACCCCAGGCAGGUUGCAGACCCAGGGCCACCCUUUCAUUUUAUAAACUUUCCUGACUAUAAAACCUUUCUUCCCUUCUCAGCAGAUACCUUAAAAAAUUAGAAGAUCUGACUGGUUGAGAAAGUAAUUGUAAGUUUGUCCAUUCAUGUUUCCUUUACUUAGAAACUGUCUCUAAAAGAAAAUUAUAGUGUGUUAGAUCUAGAAGAAUUUUCUUCUGAAAGGGAAUAUUCCCUCAGACCCUUGCAUUCUUCAUGGCAGUAAACAACAUUUGCACACACCUUGGCUUGAAACAGAGGCAGCAGUCUUUACGUUUUCCCUUCUUUGGUCUGGAAUGUAUUCUUUUUCCAUUUGAAUAUAAUUCUCAACUUUUGGAAUUUUUUUCCUUUCUAGUUUUUCUUAUUCCCUAAAUGUAACAGUAAAGAAAAGAAUGACUCCCAAGCCCAGUGAGCUUGACUCAGGCAGCUUGCUCAGAAUGAAGCUUAGCAGAUCUGUUUGACUGAGUUACUUGUCCACACUGUAGCUGAGACUUGAACUCAGGCAAGCCUUUAGUUAAGGGUUAAUACUGCUUGGACUCUGGUGAGCUAUUGGAACUUUUAAGGUUCUAAUUCUUAUGGUAAGAAUGUAUCUGGAACUAUCUUAAUCAGCUUUGUUGAUGGGAUUUAGAGCAAGGCCUAGAGUUUCUUUUCAUAAUUGUGCCUGAAAAGAGAUGGUGUGAAAGAAGGUUCUGAUGAUUUUGUAGGUUCAGUCACAAUCUGAAACUGUCUAGUGUGAGUUGUCUUUGGCUGCUGCUGCUGACAUCCUGUAGAAACUACCCCUAUUAAUCAGGCAAGACGCCCGAGGAGUGACCAGGAACUGAGGACAGUGGAAGGAGAUCUGGUGCCCACACAAGGCCAGGCCAGGCCUAACCGAUGGUUGCUUCCCUCUCCACACUCUGCUUUGCCUUCCUGAUUUUUCUCAAAUUGAUAUUGCAAGUGUCAAGACUCCGUUCUCCUCUCUGUGGAAGUGUGGAAUGCAAAUGUUCAGGGCUUGAAGGGAAAACUGCCUGAUCCCAGAGCUGGGGAGGACAUGGUCUAGGGCACGAUGCCUGGGAUUUCCCCCUACCCCAUGCUAACCCAGGCCCACAGAGGGGGCCACCUACUUUCAGCUUUCUCUUCUCAGCCACUUAAAAAUGAAUUUGCAAAUCAUGAUGAAGUUGAUCUAUUUGCAUAAAAUCAGUGCUUUUCAAAACUUGAUUUAGUUUGAUGUGGUUCCCUCUAAGAGAAUGCUAGGGAUUAAAACUAUUUGUAUAUGUUGAAAUUUGUAGGCAAAACACUAAACUAUUUAUUACAGGUAUGACUGUAUUUUUUUUCAAAGCAGUUAAUUCUGUCUUUGUAUAUUUUAAGAUAAAUAAUCACUUCACCUUUGGUGCCUUCCAUGUGUCACAUAAGCACUCUUGUCAAUCAUGGAGUUGGAAAAAAAGAUGUACAUUUAGUUAAAACAGAUAAUACUAUUUUUGUAGCAUGAUUUUAGAUUGUGUCCUUUUAAUAUUGCUUUCAACAAUGUUGAUCUUGAGGCUUGGGCCAUUUUCCCUUUAAACUUAAUAUGUAUUUUAAAAAAGAAAACAACAACAAAAAAUUCCCCUGCUACUCCUGUCUCCUCUCUGCUGAGUCUCCUCCACAUCUUGUUUCUGCUUAUUUAAAUAGUCUGAGAGUAAGAGUAUAUUUCUGUGAAAUAAUUAUGAGUCAGUAUAAUUGCAUUUGGCAUUGUUUAAUCCUUUGCUCAGUUUGAAGAGACUGAGUGUCACUCACCUCCAACAUAAGAGGAAAGUACUUCCAAAAGAAAAGGUCACCCGUGCUCUAACUUCCCAUUCAUUGGGUCUGAAAUGGUGGAGAGUGCGUGUUUGGCUCCCUGCCCCAUUUCUCUGGUGAACCCGAAGGUGUUCUAAGGCCUGGAGUCUUCCAGGGUAAUCUCUGUGUCACCUGCUUCUUAGAAACACAGUAGCCUGUCUCUAGGCCUCACCUUCCAUUUGGACUUCAUGGAUGCCCUGGGUGGCUCAUGGCCCUCUGGGGGUUUCAGGCUUGGAGGCAGUAGAUGCUUUGCUGUGAGGAGCUGGUGAAACCAGAGCAUAGGCAGACUCUUUAGUGGCUCCUUCUGCCUUCCCACCCUACUAGGACUGAGUUGUGUCUGGUCAAGGAUAAUCUUGAGUAAAGCAGUUGAGCCACUGCAGAAUGAAGGUACAUAUUUACCAAAUCAUGAAAUUGUAGCUUUAUUUUCUGUUCUUCUGAAGAUUCUAUAAUAUGACAGAAGUCCAGUCAAAAGUUAAAUAAUAACUUUCCAAUAGGGUCAUUCAUUGGUACUUUACCUAGUGGCACUUUUGGGGGGCAAUGCUAAUUAUCCCAUUUUGCUUUGGAAAAGUCUUCUUGGCAGUUCAUAGACAUGGCUGUGGGGCAUUCUGAAGUGAUGGCCACUGGACAAAUGUUGAUUUGAGCUCCUUGGGAAAGAGCUCUGUCCUGGCCUCUGAAAUUGUGGGGUGGGCCUCCCAUGGCUCUGACUGGCUCUUGGGUUUGACCCUAUACAUUUGAUGUGGUUUGGGGGCCCCAAAGCAUUUGUUCCUGUUGAUUUGUCCCUGACAGCAUACAAAGCCUAACAUUGCCCUUGAUCUUCCCCCUUUAUUUCUUUUGAAGGACCAAUUUUUCAUGGUACUUGUCUUGAUUGUUUUCAUUGUUCAAAUCUGUAUUUUUGUAUGUAGAGGGAAAUAAUUUUCUCAACACUAAUCGCUAAUAAAUAUUGUAUUAAAUUGUCA